UAUUAGCGCGUGGCAAUUAACCGAGCACGCAUGCGCUACCACGUACCAAUGUGUGACUGACACUUUGCCAACAAAUCCGACCUGACGCGCGCCUUAUAUCUACAACACAUAACAACGCUCUGUUGUAUAUUCGCACCAUUGCUCCGGUCAACUCCAGUGUCCAGUCAAUUCCAGUGCCUUUCCGGAGUCGGCGGCGCGUUGUUGUUGUGUUCCUGUUGAGUUGCUGCUUGCAAUAUCCGCUCGUUCGUACGCCUCGCGUUCCUGUCCUCCUCGAAAUGUCGUCCGGUAGUUGGGAACUGGUCAGCAGGAAGAAAGAUCGAGGAAACGAAAAAUCGAAGCCCACAAAGGCCGAGAAAAGAAAAUUCAUCGAGAACGCGCCGAAAGUCGAGGAUUUCCUACCUCUGAGUCAAGUGAAGACGCUCUAUGACAAUCUGGAUGGAAAUAAGGAGAACAAGAAGCCUGCUAAAGCACAGGCGAAAGAACACAAGACAAAAGAGAACGAGGAGAAGAAGAGACAACAGCAACAAAAACAACAACAGGCCGAAAAGAAAAAACAAGAACCGAAGGAGAAACCUCCAAAAAGUAUAAAAGAUGCCUUGAAUGCGAUCAAUCCGCAAGAGCUCGAUGAACUUCUCGCUACCGCUCAGGUCAGAUUUCCCGAAGCUCCUCUGCUCUGGCUGAAGGAACUGAACGCCUUCCUGAAUAUCAAGAUACCCAUCAAUAAGGAAGACGCAAUAUUCUCAGGAAAACCCAAGGAUUAUCCGUUGAGUUUAGUACCCAAAGCAAUCUCUUCCAUAUUGGAACGGGCGGUGGAAAUGACGGGCCAACAAACGAUACAGAUAUUUUAUGAGAAUACUCUUACCGCAAUGGCCACCGACAUGGUCAAAGGAGUCCCUGUCAUCGGUCACAAGAUAUUUUUGCAGCUGCUGGCGCAUUUAAAUCCUGACGUGACCGCCGCCAAUAUUCCCAAACUGAUUAGCAUAAGAAACUCGUACGAGAACAGAAAGAACAUAGGUCUGUCCCUGUUGUGGGCCUGGUCGCAGGCCGGUCAAAAGAAAUUGGCGGUUGGUUUGAGGAUCUGGCACGAAGUGAUGUCGCCUAUGCUCGAGACAAAAGCUUACGCGAAUUACGUCGUUCAGAUUCUGAACGAUCUCGUCUUCGGCCACGACAACGUUCACGAUCUAAGUGUCGAUCUGUACUUGGACAUUAUCAGGGACACAUACUCCCAGAGAUUUCAAAACCUCCAACCCGCGAGUCUGGGAAAAAUUAUUACCGCGAGCAUCGAUAAAUUGAGGUCGAUACUAUUUAAAAACAAGGACAUAAGUUACACGAAACUGUUCGAAAUGUUAAUGAGCAAAGUUACACAGAAGUUGGAUCCGAAUUACAGGUACGAGUUGAUCAAGGCUCUCGCCGACUGUCUUGUCACGGAGCCCCUUUGCUUUAAUACCUGGAGCACUAUUUAUAUCAAGAACUUGUACCAAUCCAAUCUCCUUCUGUCGUAUAUCGAUGUGAAUACAUCAACUUUGCAAUCGAAGUUCAAAACCAAACACUUCAAGGAAACUCUCACUUUUAUUCAAAACAACAGCGAGAAGUGGAAAAAAGCUAAAGAUGAAAACCUUGCGCUCGCGUGCAAAAAAACAUGCCAGGUGCUGCAGAAAAAAAUGACCUCCUCCAGGAGCCAUAGUUUUCCAUGGAAAUCCAUUAGUCUUCUUCUUUUGAUAUUUAUCGGAACUAUUGUAGCAUAUGAUACACAGAGACACGGUUCUUUUGAAGCGUCUCAAGUUGGACAGUUUUUGAAGAAUAGCGGAAUAUUGAAAUAUGUUGAAAAAAUAUGGACUACUGUAAAGUUGUAUUGGUCCGCGGGACACAAAGCAAUUAAGGAUAGCUCACCAGAAUAUUACAAAGCUGUUGUAGACUUGUGUACACCAUAUGUUAAAUUAGCCAAUGACGUUUAUCUUGUAACGAGAAAUAUUUCUAUUAAAUUGUACAACAAUGCCGCAUCGUACGUUGAAAAGAAUAUUCCCGUGGUUCUGGAUACGAUCGAACAUUACGCUCCAGGCAUCUUGGAAGAGACUAAAUCUCGGAGUAUUGCGGGACUAGAAUUUCUGAAAGUUUCCUUCACUGUGCUCGGAGAAAAAGUUAUUGAACAUUCCAUUACAACGGUACAAUGGCUACAGAAGAAUGUCUUCGUGGGUAAACUGAGCCCGGAUAGCAUCCGAAGUUACGCCGCAUGGGCUUUCGACACCACGCAAUCGUACGCCAGUCAGACGUACGACUGGGUGUACGAGAAAGUGCAGACUCUCUCCAAGGCGCCGUGAACGGAAAAAAAAAAUAAUAAUAAUAAAAAUCCGUCUUUCAUCCGCUUGACGAGUGUUUAAUUGCGUUGGUAUCAUCAUCCACCUUGCGCGUAUCAAGCAUUUAUUAAUUUGUGAAACACGAACGUCGAAGUAUUACAUGUAUUUUCUCGAAGAUCACGAAUUCGUCGGCCAUUUUACCUGUGAUAUCUCGAAUAGAGAAUCUGUAUCUUGUUUCGGUUGGUCGUGACGAAAACAAUCCAGUUACACUUGAUAUACAUGUAUACAUACACACACACACAUAUAUAUACACACGCACACACACACACACACCUACACACAAAAAAUAUUGCGAACAUCUUUUUACCAAGGAUGAAGAUAUAUUUGCGUCAUUUUUUGUAGAAAUCUUUAUUAUUAAGUAAAAAUAAUCUUGUGUCUUGUAGCCCGUUCUUUAUGUGCACGUGGAACGUCCACAUUCGAAAAUGACCUCUUAAUAGUUUUUGUAUUUUUAUUUAUCAGAUUUUGAGAAUGUUACUUGGAUAGUAUAUAUUCGAUUAUAUUGAAUGAUCAAAUAAAUCUACAAAGUUUUUGUAA